AUGCUCAUCAGUGCCUCGAUUCAUAUUACGAAAGGAGUUACGAGUAAAUAGUAAGGAGAUCUAGAUCAAGAAGUUCAACUAAGAGAAAAUCACAGAAUGGGGAUCAAAAACACAAUUCUGUUGUCUUUAUUUUUUGUAGCUUUGGUUGCAAAGAAUGGUUUGGCAGCGCAACAUGUAGUUGGGGGUAGCCAAGGUUGGGAACAAUCUACAGACCUCAACUCAUGGGCAUCUGCUCAGAAAUUCAAGGUUGGCGAUCAACUCGUUUUCAAGUACACUUCGGGGUUGCAUAGCGUUGUUGAGUUGCCUAAUGAGAGUGCCUUCAAGAACUGUGAUCUUGGUAGUGCACUUGACUCUAAGAAGGGAGGAAACGACGCCGUGAAGCUGACCAAGGCUGGUACAAGAUAUUUUGCUUGUGGUACUUUAGGCCACUGUGACCAAGGCAUGAAGAUGAAGAUCACUACUGUAGCUGCAGGAAGCAAUACAGCUACUUCUCCGGCAUCAUCAUCCUCGGACGAUGAUGAUUCCUCCUCUUCAGAUGCUUCUACCACUACUACUUCAACUACUUCUGCAGCUUCUGCCACCUUCAAUUCUUUCGCUUCAUUCGUCGCUAUGACUGCAGUAUCGGCCCUUGUUCUGGUUUCUGUAUUUUGAGAGACAUGGCGGAGUCCUUUUAAUUGAAUGUCUGCUUUAAUUAUAGCCAGUGCUAAUCCAUAUUUUUAAUUCGAUGUAUUUCAGAAUAAAUGUGGCAGGGUUAUUUGGUAUGACCCUGUCCUGAAUUUUGUAAUUUGUGUCAAUGAAUCUUGAUCUUGCUAUUGGAAA